UUAAAUGUUGCUGGUCCUCUCUUUCAUCCAGGACUCUCCAUGGCAACGACCUUUCAACUAUCCCGGAGGGCGCCUUCAGCCACCUCACCUCCCUGUCCCACCUGGCACUCGGGGCCAACCCUCUCUACUGUAACUGUGAUCUCCGUUGGCUCUCUCAGUGGGUGAAGGCCGGCUUCAAAGAACCUGGCAUUGCUCGCUGUACUGGACCACCAGACAUGGCCGACAGACUGCUGCUCACCACGCCUCUGAACCGCUUCCAAUGUAAAGGCCCAGUUGACAUCAGUCUGACAUCAAAGUGCGCCCCCUGUCAGGCGGCACCCUGCCACAACAACGGCACCUGUGUAGCUGACGCCGUGGGAUCCUACCACUGCACCUGUCCGUUUGGGUUCAAGGGUCAAAACUGUGAGGUGAGCAUCAACAGCUGCCUGAGUUUCCCCUGUUCCAACGGAGCAACCUGUCACAUCCAGCCUGGCCUGGAAGACCAGUUCAGCUGUGUGUGUCCACCAGGCUUCGAAGGUCUGAGGUGUGAGGUGAACCCAGAUGACUGUGAAGACAACGACUGUGAAAACAACUCCACCUGCGUGGACGGAGUCAACAACUACACCUGCAUCUGUCCCCCCAACUACACAGGAGACCUCUGUGAAGAAGUGGUUGAUCCCUGUCUUCAGGGAUUUGAUCCCUGCCUUCAUGACUCCAAGUGUGUACUCUCUGGUCGCACAUACAGGUGUGAGUGCCUACCCGGCUAUGUGGGGCAGAACUGUGAGCAGGACUACAAUGACUGUCUGGAGAACAAGUGCCAGCACGCCGCAGAAUGUGUGGACGCCAUAAACGGCUACACCUGUGUCUGCAAGGAGGGCUUCAGUGGGCUGUUCUGUCAGAAUCCUCCACCAAUGAUACUGCUUCAGACCAGUCCCUGCGACCAAUCAGAUUGCCAGAACAGCGCGCAGUGCAUAGUGGUGGCCGGGGAGCCUGUCUGCAGGUGCCUGCCCGGUUUCUAUGGCAACAAAUGUCACAAGAUGGCCACCGCUCACUUCCUGGGUCGGGACGCAUACGUGGAGCUGCCCAACACAAGGCUCCGCCCCUCUGCUCACAUCUCAUUACAGGUUGCUACAGAUAAGGAUAACGGUCUGCUGCUAUACAAGGAGGAUAGCGACCCCUUGGCUCUGGAGCUGUACCAGGGCCACAUCCGACUCCUCUACGACAUCACCAACUACCCCCCCACCACCGUCUACAGCGUGGAGUCGGUGAGUGACGGUCUCUUCCACACGGUGGAGCUGUUGCUCCAGAACCACUCUCUGAGCCUGGUGGUGGACAACGGCGCCCCUAAGAGCCUGGGCAAGCUGCCGCGGCAGCCCUCCGUCGACCACAACACACAGCUGUACAUAGGAGGUGUGCCAGCUCAGGUGGUGGCGUCGGGCCUGCGGCCGGGGCCGGACCGCCCCCUCCAGUCGUUCAACGGCUGUAUCCACAACGUCAGGGUCAACGGCGAACCCCAGGACCUCAGUUACCGGGCAACCGGGAGGGGAGGAGCCCCCCGGACAGCCGAGGGCAAGACCGAGGGCCUCCUUCCUGGGUGCCACUCCUGCAGCGUGUGCGCCCAGGGAGCCUGCAGGCAGAGCGGGGAGAUGGGGGUGACCUGUGAGUGCCUCCCUGGGCGCUCGGGAGCCCUGUGCGACCAGAAGACAGCGCCGAGCCCCUGUCAGAGUAGCAGGUGUGUCCAUGGCCUGUGCGUUCCCAAGGGCCAGUCGUACAGCUGCCAGUGUGCGGAGGGCUUCCAGGGCCAGUACUGCGACCGCCGCCAGCCACCCCCGGCCUGCAGGGGGCAGCGCUGCGGACACGGGGAGUGCCGCGUCGCAGAGACCGGGGAGCCCGUCUGUCACUGCCAGGCAGGCUACACCGGAACCACCUGUGACACAGAGCUCACCUGCCACGGGGAGGUGCUUCGGGAGCAGCUCAAGCGCCACCACCCCAUGAAGACGUGCACGUCGACCACCAAGAUCCCGCGCAUGGACUGCCCCCGCUCCUGUCAGGCCUCGGCGCCGCCGGGGGUCUGCUGCGGCCCCACCAAGAGCCGGCGGAGGAAGGCGGUGUUCCGCUGCACCGACGGGACCUCGUACUCGGAGGAGAUGGAGACGGCCAUGGAGUGCGGCUGUGCCAAGUGCCCGUUGUAAGACAGCCCCCCCCCCCCCCCCCAACCCGGGCGUCAGGGCUGCCUGUUUGUUCGUUUUUUUGACCACGCUCCAACACCUCGGCCUCGUGAGUUCUUCCGCGCGACGCACGCGAGCGGCGGCGACCCCGCCUUUUUUCCGAGAGAACUGAAACACACACGCCGACGAGUUUGAACCGCCGCCAUCGCACCGCUGCAAGGAAGCCACGAAACAAGCGCAGAAAGGACACGUGUUUGUUGUUUGACAGAGAAAAUAUAUUGUAAGAUAUAAGGGAGAAAAUAAACUUAUUUUUAUUAUGUGCUUUUACUAAAAGAUGAUGGACUUGUGAGUUUGUUCAUUUUAUAAUAUGUGACGUGUUUCGUAUGAAAAGUUAUUUUGUUAUCAUGUAAGAAGUAAACAGCAAAAUAGAUUAACAUUCCUAAAAGUAUAUGAUUUUUUAUGUACGUGUAAAUCUAUAUAAGUAAAUACCCUAACCCUAUGAAUUUUUAUAUUUUCCUAACGUGAUUGCAUGACAGAUGCGUACAUGCUAAUGAGAGGGAGGCUUUAGAAACAUUCACGUUCAAACAGAUGCGUUUCAAAAUGGUUGCCAAUGACCAUUCGCGAAUAAGGCUUCCCAGAAAAAAGGAAAUGGAAGGCAGCAUACAUCUUUGGAUGAUCAUAAUGGAACUGUAUGUGCAUUGGUAACCUGCUUCAUUGAAUAUGGGGUUUCCUCCUCACCCUUGAUUGAUGAUGAUCUCAAUGAAUCAAAAUAAUGAUUUCCAUUGCUGCAUGUCAUUCUCUCUUUGCUGUUCUUUCAUUUGAGGAUCCUCCGUCAGGUUUGGUUGGGUAUUAUGGCCAAGUUGAAAUAUUUUCCAAAAUGUCUAUAUGUUGAUGCUGUACUCUGGUCAUCAUGUAAAGGGAUUAUAUUUUUGCAAAAUAUAAUCAAAUGUAUGAUUACAAAGCAUUUUUAUCCUUAUUUGUUAACAAUUACAACAACAUGUAUUUACCAGUUCAUCAUUUUGGCCUUUUGUUUUCCACAAUCACAAUUCUAUAGUGGUCAUAGAUUUCCUAAUGAAAGUGCAACAUCAGGAAGUGAAUUUUUUGCAGAUUUAGCUAAAUCACCUGCAACAUAAAUAAUAUCUCAAAAGCUAUUAAAGAUUAGAAUCACACGAUUUGAUGUGGCACAUUGCGGCUUAUGCAGGAAAAACAUUAGCGGUUUUCACAACUUUGUAUAAAAUGUGAAUUGAGAGCAUCUACACCAUGUUACUUCAUUUAUUUUCCUUCUCAAUGUUAUCUGGUAAUGCACUCAAUGUCUUAAUAUAACAACAGCAUUAAAGUUAUUUUCUAAAAGGGACAGUUGAGUACCUAAUGGUGUAUUCAGAGGAACAUUUCAACUGUGACGAACAGAGAAGUGUUGAAAGUGCUUUGAGGGUUGUUGUUAGGAGCACAGCUCAAGAUGUUUCCCUUUUUUGUGAUUUAGCCUUAAUCGCAAAGUAUUGAUCUUACGCCCCCCAAAUUAUAUUUGAUUUCAAAUACAUACAUAUGGAUUUUUGAUUUGUAAAAUGUUUCAAAUCGAAUAAACUGAAAAUGAAGUUACAUCUGGUACAGAUUCUGUUUACUGGGAAGAAACCUGAUUCUAGGUCUAACAACCCUUACCGGGUAAAGCUCUGCCCUGAAGUCAUCAUGGGUCUAUAAACGGCUGAAACCUACUGUGUUAACUAGUUGACUUCCUCAGCAUAGUGUUGCUCUGCCUGUGACAGAAUACCAAUGAGUUUGUCAUCCACUUUAGCCCUAGUCUUUUUUUCGGGGUACCAGGAAAGAAUAAACAUUGUAUUCUAUGAGCGUCAAAAUACCGGUCUUAGCAAACAAUACGGUUACAUUUUGUGUCCACACGAUCCAUAAUCUCCAAACAUGAAACACACAAGUACACCCAACCUCUUAAAAAAAUCCUAAAAUACUCCAAAUCCCAAAGGGGAUUAUAGGUAUCAUCCAAUUUUUAUGUAACCUUUGUCACAGAUAGUCUUAAAGGGUUUC